GAAUUGCUGAAACUGCACUUGCGGAAAUGCACGGAAAUUAAAAUUCCACUUCCUCGCUAUCGAUCACGUAAAGCAGUUGCAAAACGCAUGCGCGAUAGAACAAAGCAAAGCGCCCUCUGCAGAAAAAUUGAAGAGACAAAAAAAGAAACGCCGCCAUUUUGACAUUUGUUUGGCUUUUGUUCUUAAUAAAUAUAAAUUAUCAUGUAAUUACGCGUGUAACAGCGAUUAUGUUUACAUUUUCGCUUCACAACAGUUUCGCUUAUUAGCCGAUUACUGAAAUAUGGUGCAUCAGCAAUGUUCGUUUCGGUUCAGCAGCGCAUAAAUCGAUAAAUUCGCCCGUGCCGCAUUUUUAUUUUCUCGAUGCUUAUUUUGUGUAUAAUUUGAUAUUACUACAUGAUUAAGUGCUUAAAUAAGUGAAAUAAUGUACUGAACUGUGUGGUUAACUAAUUAUAUUUAAGAAUAAACUAUGAAAUAUCAUUAAAUGUGUGAUGUCAAAAAGGCGCGAACGCUUUUUACCGCUGUAGAUUUUGGGACGAAAAUAAAACUGAGUGUUUGUGCGAAACAAAGACAUUAGAGUUGUUUGCGUUAUGUUUACGAAACCCUGCAAGUGUUAUAACUGAAUUUCGCACAAAUUUUCUGGAGGUAUAUGGCGUGGAAACUAUCUUUCUCCACAUUAGGUACAUGUUAAGUUCCCCUCUGCACUUGCAAUGCGGUUAAGAAGUAGAAAGAGGGAGCCCCUCUCAGUCAAGAGGAACACAUCCAAAGUGACAAAAUUGAAGGCAAAACCGUUAAACAGUCGCUUGUCACCUCCCAACGCCACCUGGAAGAAAGUUCUCAAGCGGGACACUGCCAAAAAUGGUUUACCCGAUAUUUGCACUCGGUCACAGCUAAAAACUAGGCCCGUUAGAACCAAGUUAGUUAGCAUGGAGAAAGAGCACAAAAAAGAGCUGAAAAGCACAAAGAAACCGAUCUUCCAAACAGUUGUACGUAGCACUAAUAAGGAUCUUGUGACUUCCACUACAAAGUUAAGGGACAAGACACAGAAUGAUAAAGUUACAACAACUUCCAAGCCAAAACUUAAAGAUGUACGAACCACAAAAAGUGUUCAACUCCGACACAGCUCACUAAAUCGUGAAAAGAAGUCUGAAUCGGUUGAGAUAUCAUCCCCUCGAAAAACCAGGCGUAUGGAUAAAAAUGAGAAAUCGGCUUCGUUAAACAGUUCACCGAUCCGCAAAGUCCGUCAGCUCGGUAUACCUUCAGCGAAAAGCAAGAUUGCUGUAAGCUCAACCAAUGAAAGUCCUAAGAAGAAAACUAAGACCAAAGCAGCUAUAGUUCCGGAGCAAAACAAUUGGAACACGGAAGAUAAUGAUGUAACCAUGUACGAGCCGCAUACAACUACAUUUGUGGACUUCCCAAUUCCAAAGCACGAGGAGUCAGACUCUGAGACUCAGGUGGAGUCGUCGCUGUGUCUUCCAAAUGACUGCUUGAAUGAUUUCAUGGCUAUUGCGGAGUGCGCCAGGCUGAUCAACCAAGAUUUACCGGCUGAAGAUGAGGAUAUUAACUACUUAGCUGAUAGAGCUGCUAAGGUGAUGACCACAGAGAAAGCGCGUCGUAAAUCUAGCAACGAGCUAGAAAUGUACCAACCCACAUCUACAACUGAUGAUGCGGACACAGAUGUGUUCAAACACAAGCACAAAUACGUGCAGCCGGACUUCGUGACAAUGCUAGAGCAGGACGGCUACGUGCGAGACAGCGAGUGUGAGAUCUCGUCGACCUGCGACACUCAAGGCACGGCUAUUGAAAGCUUGGAAGCGCUUUCGGCAAGAAGUCCUAGCGAGGGCUUCCUUCAUGAAAUAACGCAAAGCCUUGUGGCUGAGGCCGUGGGAUGGAGCACUUCCGAUAUCGCCGCUGACGAAUCAUCCUUGACUUGUCAUGAUGAACAACCGCCUUCUGAUCUUGAGGAGGAAGCAGCGGAUGUGAUAUCGUCGUGCAGUAAUCGAGUGGACUGCGAGCAGAUCUCCUCUUGGGUCGACGCUUUUGACCCCUAUCUCUUCAUCAAGCAGCUGCCCCCGCUAGAGAGCGUAGCGACCGGUGCCCUGCGCGCGCGCUACCCCGCGCUGCCGCUCAAGACGAGGACGAGUCCCGACUUCAGUCUGGUGUUGGACUUGGACGAGACGUUGGUGCAUUGCUCUCUUCAGGAGCUUGCGGAUGCGAGCUUCCACUUUCCGGUGCUGUUCCAGGACUGCCGAUAUACGGUAUUCGUCCGCACCCGGCCACACUUCGCAGAGUUCCUGGCACGCGUGUCGCGCACAUACGAAGUGAUCCUGUUCACGGCCAGCAAGCGCGUGUACGCCGACCGGCUGCUCAACUUGCUGGAUCCGGAGCGACGCUGGAUCAAAUACAGGUUAUUCCGAGAGCACUGUCUACUGGUGAACGGGAACUACGUGAAGGACCUCUCCAUUCUGGGUCGUGAUCUGCGCAAAACCGUUAUAGUGGACAAUAGUCCACAGGCGUUUGGUUACCAGCUAGAGAACGGUAUACCCAUUGACAGCUGGUUCGUGGACCGCAGCGACAACGAGCUGCUGAAGCUGCUUCCUUUCCUCGAGGAUCUGGCCACUAAAGAAGAUGUACGCCCACACAUAAGGGACAAAUACCGCCUCUUCACCUACCUGCCUCCCGGAUAAACCCACAGUAAAUACAACUAACUAACUAACUAAUAUUAUUCAGACAUUCUCCGUAACUUUAUUAUAAGGAUCUUAAAGAACUCGUAAAAUAUAAUAAAUGUGAAUCACUUCGCCGACUAGAGCUAGUAACUCGGUAGCUCAGUUGGAGGCCGCCACUCACGGAUCUAACGCUGCGUCUUACGUAAGCGAACAACUCGCGAACGCGAAGCGAAGCGGCGCUCCGGGCCCACGGCGUUCGCGUUCGCAACGAGAUCGCCCACGCACACUUCUAUAGGUAUCAAAGGAUUGAUUCACCCCGCGCCGCUUCGCUUCGCGUUCGCGUGUUAUUCGCCUACGUAAUACGCUGCGUAAGAAAGAAAUAUGAUUUUAAUGGUGAAAUAGAAGUCGUAAUUUCUGAAUUUAAUUAUGUAUUUAUUGUUUACGCAAAACAAUAUUUAGUAAACAAAAUAUAAAAUGUCUGAAUAUGGUUUUAAGUACUUUAAUGUAAAAGUAUCGAAUAUUUGACACAAUAUUUGGAAAUGUUAAGAAUUGUCACUGUCAAUUAAUCAUGGCUAGAAAGAGAGGAAUGUUAGAGCGAGAAAAUAAAAACAAGAUUAUAUAUGAAUGGAUUUUGUUUUCUUAUAUUCGAACAAAAAAAAUUGUGAUGGAUGAAAAUAAUUUGUCGAAAUGCAAAUAUUCGAUAAUUUUAUUAUAUAUUAUUAAAAUAAGAAGUAACAUUAGAAUCUGAAUACAGUUUUAAAUAAAUGGGGCAUUUUCUGUGAAA